UUCGUUUCGUCGCAAAUACAAACAGAUAACAGCGCAUGCGUAGGCGUUUCUAUGGUUACACGGACGCUGUAGAGCUUUCUGUUUUCACAAUGGUGAGUUUUCACGAUGUGUUUUUCGAAUAAAUUACCCCCAUUUGUCAUUAAACUUUCUCAUAUUCAAAUGGGUUAAACCGCAGGGUUUCACAAUAAUAUUGUGUUGUUACAAAAACCUCGAAAGUAAAAAAGAAAAAAGAAAAGAGCCCAUUGACUCUUCCAGUCCAGCGUCAGCAGGGAGAAGCCGUCAUUUCGGUGAACACCGAUAUGUCCCCUGUGUCUGGAGCUUACGUUAUAAACCCUUUACCUUUCUCUCUCUGUUUCCUCCUGUGAAUGACAGCCGCCCAAGAAAAGAAAGGUAUGCGCAAAUGUCAGUCAGCACAUUUAGGUAUUCCAGCAUCACAUUCUCAGAUUACCAGAGGCACGAGCGAGUUUAGUGGAAGACAGUCAGGCAGCCAGGCCAGGACACCGGCUCCGACAAUCACCACUGUGUUUGUACCACCCUUCCCCUCAGUAACUGACCCUUUUCCAACACGUAGAGUUAGUGACAUAUAUCCUUCCCAAACACUGUUUUGUAAUUAUGUUUUGUUUGUUGCUGGUUUCAAGUCAAAGACUCGUAAACUGACCAAGGCUCAGAGGGCGAAGCAGCAGCAGGAGGAGGAGGAGAGGUGUCUGCGAGAGGAAGAGGAAGCACGGCUGCAAGCUGAGAAAGAUGAGCGGGAUAGAUUGGAGAGAGAGAGAAAGAAGAAGGAGCAUGAAAUACUCGAGUUCAAGGACCUGGAGCGCAGAGAAGACGAGCUGAACGAACUCCGCCACCUACUGGAGGUUAAUCAUACUGCAGCCCUCAAAUGGAAAACUGAUGCUGUGGAGAAAGCCCAGUGGGAGAGAUACACAAAUUGCGGCGGUAUCCCAGACCCAGCAGUACAGAAGGAUAUUAACACGUAUGUCAGCCUAUGGAAAGAUGACCCAGAGGUUAACGUCACACCCGUGCUCAAGCAAUGCAACCUCGCUCUACAGCUGACCGAGGAGCUGGAGGGUCUGCUCAGAGAUGUUACAGAUCCACAAGAGGGCCAGAAGUACCAGGAGAGUCUCCUUCAUUUGCUGGAGCUCAUCCACUCCAAACACCUCCUCGCCACCGAGGAGAUCCUCAAGAGGGCCAGUGCGAACAUCGACACAGAGACAGGCAACAUGCAGACUGUGGUCAACGAUGACAACAUCACACUCUGUCUCUGGGCCAACCUCAAGAAGAAUCCAAGGUUUAAAGGUUUAAACUUUGGAGAGGCGGGCCCAAGCUUCAAUCUUCCUAAACAGCUCGCUGUGAGCAAUAUCGCUGUGCGGAUCCUCCACACGCGUUAUGACCACCUGUCCCUGCUGGCCAGGAUGGCUCCCCUGAGAAUACACACACCCAGCCAGAGGUCUCUUGCAGGCGGCGAGGAGGUUCCAGCAGACAUGGAUGUACCUGAGCAGGGAGAGACAGGAGGUGAGGGGGAGGAGAAGCAAGACAACAAGACCCAGCAGCAGGACCCGGACGAGGAGACGCAAAACCUGGACCAGGAGGUGCAGUCCAUCCAAGGGUCGGAUGGGAGUAAGAGUGCAGCCAGUCUCCAGUCAAUGAGAAACAUUGCUGCGGAAGGCCGAGGGAGCCAGAUACAGACACAGAUGGAGGCGCUAGACGCUGAGGGGGACUUGACUUCCCCCCCGGAGCAGCAGACGUCGAUGGACUGCAGUGAGCGUGUCCAGGUGGUGGACUUAAUGCAGUACACACCGCUAGGUGGGGUCUUCUACUAUGACGCGUUUCACCUCCCGCCACAAGCCCACCAAGUCAAUGGCUGGGAAAUUCGACAGCUGCUGCAGAAAGGGCUCCAAGUGUUCCCCUACCCCAUGGAGAGGUCUAACUUGGCUGAAAGCGAAGCUCUCGCCUGCCCUCCUGUUGGGGUGUCUGUGACACUGCCUGACUCCGUUGUCUUCUUGGAAACUCCCCAAGUGGCUCUCUGGGAUGCUGCGGGGAAGCAGUGGAGGAUGGACGGCAUCACCGACGUGUCUUACGAUGAGGCGGAGGCCAAAAUCUCCCUCAGUAUGGACUCCUUCCAAGCCUUUGUGCUGAUGCAGGACACUUACGCCAACCUUCCCUUCCAGAGCUGGGAGCUCAGGCCACUGGGCCAAGACUCAGCUCUCUUCACCAUCAACGGGGCCCUCGUCGACCUCAGCAUCACGAUCCAUGAUAAUCAGUGUAUGUUGCAGUCGGAGCAAGAGAGAGGUCUCGCUCACCUCAUAGGGAAGUGGAUGAGCGGCCCCGUCCUGCAGAGAGCCAUGCUCAACGCGGGGAUUAACAUCUUUGUGAGCGAGUACACGGACAAAUACGUCAGCACCUGUGGGAAGGACCCACUCACAGAGCACGCUGCCUACGAACAGAUGGCCCUCUUCGCCUCUGCCUGCGCGUUCUCAUGGAGCAAGUGGAAUAGCAAAUGUGGAGCCGAGCAUCUCGUCAUGCAGGUGUGUGAGCACCACAGCCCUGCUGCCCCGGUGCCUAAAGACUCGUGGAGUCUCUACCUGCUCGGUGCGCGGAGGAGUCAGAAGCUGGAGAUCACAGAGAAGAGUGAGGCUUUCUCUCCAGACCAUUAUCCAGGAAGUGCGUUUCACUCCACCUUCAUCCACAUGCUCCAGGACACCAUGAGCACUGAAGGCAUAGCCAGGACCAGACUAUCCAACUAUCUGUUUGUGGAUACAGUACACAGCCUGCUCUCUGCCACCAGACCCCUGAUGUAUUCAUAACCUGUGGGAAAUCAACAUGGGUUAAAACAUUUUUUUUUUUUAAAUCUACAAAUUAAAGAUAUGUUAAACACC